AUGGUAGUUCUUCCAUGUUUUGAUUUACAGACUGAUAUUGAGUCCAAUAACAUUGUGAUUGCACCAGAAAAUGCUUUUAACAUAGCAGAAAAAUUAGUGAAAUUCACUAUGCAUAGUACAAGAACUGUUACUGUCAUAUCUGCGACUGGUAACUUAUCCAGAGUGACACUUGAGAAACCUCGAACAUGUGGCGAAAAGACAAAACAUGAGGGACUGUUUCGUGUAAUGUCUCUAAAUGGUUCAUUCAUGUGGGAAGAUGGAUGGAUAGGUGGAUUAGACCUAAUGACUUUCUCUGCAGAUGGAUCAAUUGUAGUAGGUUCUGUGGCGGGUGAACUAAUUGCGGCAGAUCAAGUCCAGGUUAUUGUUGCCAGUGUCACUCUAGAUGGUAAAGAAGAUUCCAAGUCAAAGCCUGACGAAGUGUCGCCUGCACCAGUGAAGGCCAAUCCUGGCGAAGUGAGUGAAGUCAACAGCCAACCGUUACAUGACACUACAAUGUGCUGA